AGCAGCCUCUUUUCUUAAUUGAACUAAAACUAAAUAUAAAAUUGUAACCUGUAAAAAAACUGUAGAGAGCUUAAUAAAUUUGAACGCGAACUACUGUAAAAUUUAAACAAAGGACGAGGAAAAAUUAUGUCGGCAGAGGACGAUAAGCGGGAUGAUAAACUCCCCGUGACGGUUUGGGUGGAAGAUCCAGUGGACGGCUUUGUACCCGGUGAAAUCGUAAACUACGCUACUCGAUCGGCAGGCGACAGUUACGAAGUGGGCAUCUUGUCCAAAAGUCAGCAGAAAGGUGCCAGCAAACUGUUGCGUGGAAAGUCGCUGGCAUCUAGUCGUUCGAGCAAGGCCUACAUCGAGACAAGGGUGUUUGCGAAUGAGGCUGCUUUGCGCGGUCGCAGCGACAAGAAUGAAGAGUCUCACUUCGAGGAUUGCGCAAGCGUCGCUUCGUUUAGCGACGCUGGAAUUUUAGAAAACUGCCGUCUGCGGUAAUUGUCUUUUCCGUUUUUAUUCUAGCCUAGUACUUUGCUAAGUGGUGAGGCUGCCACUACGUCGCUCUGCACUGAAUCGCUAGAUGGAUGACACAGCAUCAAGGGAAUGGAUUUAUAUCCUUCAACUCUAUUUUGAUUUUCAACCAAAAUUAAUCAUCACAUUCAGGUAUUUCCAAGAUGAGAUUUACACCUACACCGCAAGCGUGCUAUUUUCCAUCAAUCCCUACAAGAAGCUCGACCAUUUGUACAGCAAUGAGCGGCAAAGUGACUACCUAAACCUGGCAUCACUUCAAUCCCGACCGCCACACGCAUUUGCGUUGGCGGAAAUCGCCCGGCGCAAACUCGUUCAUGGACGAACACACCAGGCCAUUGUGAUUUCUGGGGAGUCUGGUGCGGGAAAAACAGAAAAUGCGAAGGUCGUGAUGGCGUAUCUAAUACAGCAAUCGCGUACGCGAGCCAAGGUCGCAGAAAACGGCGCAGCGGCAGCUUCGGUAGAUAAUAUGAUCCUCCGCUGUGCGACACCGAUCCUCGAAUCACUGGGGAAUGCGACGACGGUCCGCAACCACAACUCGAGCCGCUUUGGGAAAUUCAGCAUGCUGAUGUUCAACGCGAGAGGCGACAUCGUGGGAGGCGAGAUCCGCACCUACUUGCUCGAGAGCAGUCGCGUUUCAAAAUUUGGAGCUGGGGAACGGACGUAGAGACUCAUUCUGUUCUGAUUUCUUGACGAAUAGUGUUCGGAUUAUAAUUCUUUCCUAUUUUUUUUUCUUUCUGAGUGUCCUGGUAUUGCAGCAUUGACAUUUUCUUUCACAGUGAGUACUAGUAGAAUCACCUGGUGUAGCAUGGUAUAAAGUUUGAUUUAAUAAAUUAACGAAAAUCACAAAGGUACCAUAUUUGGUACGAAAUACUAUGCGGAGCUUCCGCCGAGCAGCUGACGAAACUUGGCUUGCAGAAAAACUCGAAAUACGCACUUCUCUAUGGAAGAGAUCAGGUGACGCAGAAAUCCACUCCACUCCGGGGGGCGGAAGAAGCGACGAACUUUACAGCGUUCUGCACCGGAUUGAAAGUUAUGAACUUCUCCCCGGAACAAAUCGAAGAGGUGCUCGAGACGCUCGGUGGGCUGAUCCACCUGUUUGAACUGGAUUUUGAGGAUGCGGCGAGUGGACAGGGUAUCCAAGUAGUAGAAUCGCCCCACGUUGCUGAAGCUGCGCGUCUGCUCGGCAUGUCGGUGAACUCUCUCUGCGAGUCCUUGUGCAAGAAGACACUGAUCCGGCCCAAACGAAACAACCAGGGCCGUGAUUCCGUUUUCAAAACUGACCGGACACCAGCACAAGCGAAGAAUGCACAGGAAGCCUUGGUGAAAAUGCUGUACAAACGCCUCUUCGAGCACAUUGUGGCGCAGAUCAACAGCUCCCUCCUCGUGGCGGGUCAAACCCAGAACUUAGCCGAAUCUAGUCGGCGUCAGAUACAUAGGAAUCUUGGACAUUUACGGCUUCGAACAAUUGAAACUCAAUUCCUUCGAACAGCUGUGCAUCAACCUGGCGAACGAGCGACUACAGGAGUUUUUCUGUGA